AUGUCACCAGCGGUGGUCAUCCACRACCUGGAGCGUGCAGCCCAGGGUGUCUACACGUGCCGCGCCAGCGGCCCCGGCGGGCAGGCCGAGGACAGCGCCACGCUCUCCAUCCAGGCCCUGCCCCGGGCGCUCAUCAACAUCCGGACGGCGGUGCAGACGGUGCUGGCGGGCACCACAGUGGAGCUGGAGUGCCUGGGGCUGGGCGAGCCCAAGCCGCACGUCACCUGGAGCAAGGUGGGCGGCCACCUGCGCCCCGGCRUGCUCGCCAGCGCCGGCACGCUCAGGAUGGAGCGCGUGGAGCGCGCCGACGCCGGGCAGUACCGCUGCACUGCCGCCAACGCCGUGGGCACCGUGCAGUCCCACGUCAUCCUCCACGUGCAAGCCGCCCCGCACAUCGCUGGACAGCCUGAGGUCAAGGAGGUCUCGGUGGGCUCGGCAGCUGUUUUUCCCUGCCUGGUAUCCGGCUUCCCCGUCCCGGAUGUAAAGUGGAGCAAACUGGAGGGGGAGCUGCCGGCGGCCGCGCGCGUGGAGGGCACCGAGCUGACGGUGCCGUCCGUGCGCGCCGAGGACGCCGGUGUCUACGUGUGCACGGCCACCAACCGCCGCGGCCAGGAGACGGCUUUCCACGUGCUCCGCGUGCGAGAGCGCCUGGUGCCCUACUUCACGCAGACGCCYCGCUCCUUCCUGCCGCUGCCCACCAUCAAGGACGCCUACAAGCGCUUCGAGAUCCGCAUCACRUUCCGGCCCGAUGCUGCCGACGGCAUGCUGCUCUACAACGGGCAGAGGAAGAGCAGCGGCGCCGACUUCAUCUCCUUCGGGCUGGUUGGCGGGCGCCCCGAGUUCAGGUUUGACGCCGGCUCRGGCAUGGCCACCAUCCGGCACCCGACGCCGCUGCGCCUGGGCGAGUACCACACCGUGCGCCUCCUCCGCAACCUCACCCAGGGCUCCCUGGCCCUCGACGGCUUCCCGCCCGUCAACGGCACCUCGCAGGGCAAGUUCCAGGGGCUGGACCUCAACGAGGAGCUCUACCUGGGCGGCUACCCUGACUACGGCGCCGUGGCCAAGACCGGCCUCAGCAGCGGCUUCGUGGGCUGCGUGCGCCAGCUGCUCAUCCAGGGCGAGGAGGUGACGUUCAGCGAGGCCCAGCUGCGGGCGCAGGGCAUCGCCAACUGCCCCACGUGCCAGGACCAGCCGUGCCAGAACGGCGGCGUGUGCCAGGACGCCGAGAGCAGCGCCUACGUGUGCCGCUGCCCGCCCGGCUUCACCGGCAGCAACUGCGAGUACUCGCAGGCCCUGCACUGUCACCCGGAGGCUUGUGGACCCGAUGCCACCUGCGUCAACCGGCCCGACGGACAGGGCUACACGUGCCGCUGCCACCUGGGCAAGUCGGGGGACAAGUGCAUGGAUGGCGAGGCCGUGAGUGCCCCGUCCUUUGACGGGGAGGGCGCCUUCAUCUCCUACCCGCCGCUGACCAACAUCCACCACGAGCUGCGGCUGGACGUGGAGUUCAAGCCGCUGGCAGCCGACGGGCUGCUGCUCUUCAGCGGGGGCAAGGCCGCCCCCGUGGAGGACUUCGUGGUCCUGGCCAUGGCCGGCGGGCACCUCGAGUUUCGCUACGAGCUGGGCUCAGGCCCCGCGGUGCUGCGGAGCACCGAGGCGCUGGCGCUGGGGCGCUGGCACCGCGCCACGGCCGAGCGCCUCAACAAGGACGGCACGCUCGUGGUGGACGGCGGCGCGCCCGUGAAGCGCUCCUCGCCGGGCAAGAGCCAGGGCCUGAACCUGCGCACGCCGCUCUACGUGGGCGGCGUGGAGCCCGCCAUGCGCCUGCCUGGCGCCGCCAACGUCAGCGCCGCCUUCCGCGGCUGCAUCAGCGAGGUGUCGGUGAACGGGAAGAAGGUGGAUCUGUCCUACAGCUUCCUGCAGAGCCGCGGCGUGACGCAGUGCCAGGAGAGCUCGCCCUGCGAGCGCGCGCCCUGCCGCCACGGGGGCCGCUGCGUGGCCGGCGCCGCCGCCGGCACCUUCCACUGCCUGUGCCGCGAGGGCUUCAGCGGGCCCCGCUGCGAGCUGGCCGAUGACCGCUGCCUGCUGGGCAACCCCUGCCUGCAUGGUGGCACCUGCAAAGCCAACACCUGCCACUGCCCCGAGGGCUUCACCGGCGCCUACUGCCAGCACAACUCGGCGCUGGCAGAGCUCGACCACGACUGGGCGCAYGAGGGCAGCGGUGGCAAUGACGCCCCUGGGCAGUUCGGCGCCUCUUUCCGCGACGGCGCCUACCUGGCCUUGCCCGGCCACGUGUUCCCGCGUGGCACCCCUGGAGCGCCCGAGACGCUCGAGCUGGAGGUGCGCACGGGCAGCGCGCACGGCCUGCUGCUCUGGCACGGCGCGGAGCCCGGAGAAGGCGGCAAAGCCAAGGACUUCAUCGGGCUGGGUCUCAAAGACGGGCACCUGGUGUUCAGCUACCAGCUGGGCAGCGGCGAGGCCACCAUCGUCUCCGAAGACCCCAUCAACGACGGCGAGUGGCACCGAGUGACGGCCACCAGGGAGGGACGGCACGGGUGGCUGCAGGUGGACGGUGAGGAGCCCGUGCACGGGGAGUCACCAGGCACCAAGAUCAUGGCCAACACCGAGGGUGACAUCUACCUCGGUAGGAGACUCCCUGGGGGAAUGRGGCAUAGGGAGGGCACGGAGGGAUGGGACACAAGGUGGGCUUGGAUGGGAUAG